UUAUACCUACCUUUAAAUAUAGUCCAAUAUUCAAUAAAUUCCCAAAUUCAACCUUAAGGAUUGAGUUUAAAGUUUAAUUUGCAAAUGAGGCUAUUGAGUGCCAAGAAGUUGUGUUUGGCACUCAUUGAGUGGGGACGUUUUUUGGUCGCUGAUUGUGCAUCCACUUUUUAUGAAUAGGAGAUCGAUGGAUUUACCACCCAAAAAUGGUUCGUAUUCGACUAAAAUACUAGAGUAGUCUGAAAAAGGCCUUCUCGAACUUGUAACUAAAAGAGCUAGAAUCCAGAAUCUAGUUAGGUAAACUUGACAGUUGACACUUGACAUUAUAGCCCAAGCCCGAAUCCCGAUACCCAUAAAAAAAAUAGAAAAAGAAAAAUAAUAAACAUAUUCCUCCAAAAUUAUUUAAAAGUUUUUAUCUUCUUUUUAAUGCUUGUUCGUAAUUGAAGUCGUCUUUUCAUAGUUCAAUUUAAACACUACAAUUCUGUAGCUUAGAUAAAAGUUUGCUGCAGCCUUAAAAUGAGGACGAGUGCCUCUCAAUUUGAUGCGCUAGUGGGCUUCAUGGAGAGGCACGGUGACUUAAAUAAGAUUGCGGAUGGGCCCCAAGGCAGGGUGCGAGCACUACAGUUGUGGGAAGAUCUGACGAAUCUUCUUAAUUUGGACGUAGCAGGAGACUCAAAAAGCACCGAUAAAUGGAAAAAAGUGUGGAGUGACUUCAAAAACAACACCAAGCGGAAGUCAGCUAAAAUACAAGCAGCCGGUGGGACAAAUGAAUCCAAGCUUGCAUUAUCAGAGCUGGAGCAAAGGGUCCUGCGCAUCACAGGGCCAAGGGGGAGUACUGGGAUGACAGGCACACACGACACUGGUGUAGAGUAUGUGGUACCAACCAGUGACUGGCCCGGCUCCCGCGUCUCUGGGCCAAAUGCAUUGCUGACGGAGAAGAAUACAUCGUCAAAGUCCUCCUCAUCUGAUGAUGAUGUCAAACUUCACAACUUGGAUCACAACACGCCCGGCGGGAGUGGGCAGUCCACACCUAUAGCUUGGGAGAUGAGCGUCGACGGCGGCUCGCCCUUGGCCAGUCCGGGCCGCGAGGGGAGCUCCCCGCGCCCGGGCCGCGUGUUCUGUCGCCCGCCCCAGCGCCGGCCCCGCCGCGCGCGUCCCGCUGAUACCGACCACCGCUUCCGACAAAUGCUGAAAGUCUUCGCCACUGAACACCUGAGGCUGCGGCGAAGAGAGCUAGCACAACAGGCACAGUGGCAAAAUCUAUUUAGCAAGUUAGUAGAUGUGCUAAAUAAGUUUUUAGACAAAUAGGAUUAGCACAUCUGCCUGCUUGCUCAAUAUAUUGUGCAGCUGAGUCUUUGCGGUUGUGUCAUGCAGAGUCUAUUUAGCAAGUUAGUGGAUGUGCUUAAUUUUUAAACAAAUAGGAUUAGUAACUAAUAAAAUUAGCAUAUCUACCUACUUGCUAAAUAAAUUUCACUGUGUACUUUGUUUAACAUGUAAAGUUUAUUUAGCAAGUAAGUUUAUGUGCUAAGGUUUUAAACAAAUAGGAUUAACACAUCUACCUACUUGCUAAAUAUAUUGUGCAGCUGAGCCUUGCGUCACACAAUCUAUUUAACAAAGUUAGGGGAUGUGCUAAUUUUUUUAACAACUAAGUAGGACUAUCAAGUAAUAGUGGAUGUGCAAAAAUUUUAAACAAAUAGAUUAGCAACGAAAAAAAUUUGAAUAUCUACAUGCUGAAUAAAUUUUGCUGUGGAUUUUGGUUGGUUGUGCUUUUUUGAUACAAAUGGGAUGUGCUUGGAUGAUCCCAUUUGUUUAAAAAAUUAGUAUUAGUAUUAGACGGAUCUCCAAAAGCUAAAUACAUUUUGCAGGUGGACCUGACCCUCGCGGUUGUUGCUAUAGAUUCUGUACAACUUGCACAGUCCAUUAUAAAGUUAGUUGAUGUGCUAAUUUUUUUAACAAUUUGUACUAUCAACAAGGGAGAUUAUCACAUUGGUGCCUUGCCAAAGCUACAGUGGAGCUGUUCUCUUGCAGUAGAAGUAGUAGUAGACACUCUAACAGAAUCAAGUUAGUAGAUGUGUUAAAACACAUCUGUAAACUUGUUAAAUAAAUUAUGCAGCAGUAUCUUCUUUGUUGGUUGGUCAUGCAGUCUAUUUAUCAAGUUAGUCAAUGUGCUAAUUUUUUAGACGAAUAAGAUCAGCACAUCUGUAAACUUGUAAAUGAAUUUAGCAGCAGUAUCUUUUGAUUGUGUCUUGCACAGUCUAUUUAACAAGUUAGUUGAUGUGCUUAUUUUUUAUACGAAUAAGAUUAGCACAUCUGUAAAGUUGUUAAAUAAAUUAUACAGCAGUAUCUUCUUGGUUGGUAGGUCAUGCAGUCUAUUUAACAAGUUAGUCGAUGUGCUAAUUUUUUAGACGAAUAAGAUUAGCACAUCUGUAAACUUGUUAAAUGAAUUUUGCAGCAGUAUCUUCUUGGUUGGUUGGUCAUGCAGUCUAUUUACCAAGUUUGUUGAUGUGCUAACUUUUUAGACAAAUAGGACUAGCACAUCUGUAAACCUGUUUAAUAAAUUUUGUAGCAGUAUCUUUUUGGUUGUCUUGCACAGUCUAUUUAACAAAUUAGUUGAUGUGCUAAUUUUUUAGACAAAUAGGACUAGCACAUCUUUAAACUUGUUAAAUAAAUUUAGCAGCAGUACCGUCGCGGUUAUGUCCUACAGAAUUGCAGUCUAUUUAGCAACUUAGUUUAAGUGUAAAUAGAGUUAUAGUAUAGUGUGGCAAGUUCGUUGAUAACACGGGUAUGAAAUCGUGCGUGCGUUUUUCAUUCAUCGCUACACGCCCCCCGCGCAACAUCGGGAAUGUUACGAACGAAGUUGCCAAGCUAGAACAAUCUGUGACUCAUAUAUUUGUGUGUACACAAACAGCAACACCUGUUUCCUUAAGUGGAUGUAUUUUAUAUUGUAAUAAAUUCAUCACAAACGUAAAGGGUAUCCAUUUUUUUUGUUUAAAUAUAUUUUGCUCGGGAGUAAAGUUAGUGGUAUCACAAUAAUGUAGUUUAUAGAUAUAUACAUUACAAUGUACAUAUUGUAAAUAUUGAUUUUAAGCAAUAAAUAGUUUUAGGUGUUUACUAGAUUAUGAUGAGAAAAUUACCUGGCCAACUUUGAUAAAUGCUUCUCGAGAUUUGACCAAAUCAAUAUAUUUAUUUAUUUUAAUAUAGAUUUAAGUGAUGUAAAUAUUAUUAAAUAAAUAAUUAAGUCAAAAAAAUUUUAAUAAAAAAAAUUCAACCGACUUCCAACUCGAAAAUUAACCUAAACUAAAAAGCAAAAAAUAAUAUCUUACCUAUAUGCUACCUUCUGAUCAGUUUGAAGGCGGUGCCAAGCCAGUGAUGUUUUAAUUUAAGCCGUUUAAAUUACAAAAUUUCUGUGGUCCUUUCAGAAACGGCUUUAAUUAAAACAUGACACUGGAUUGGCACCGCCUUCAAACUGAUCAGAAGGUAGCAUAUAGGUAAGAUGUUAUUUUUUGCUUUUUAGUUUAGGUUAAUUUUCGAGUUGGAAGUCGGUUGAAUUUUUUUUAUUAAAAUUUUUAUUUUUAAAUUUUUAGUGUUAGCACACCUACUGAGUGUGAACACAAAUGAAACGUUAUUUUCUUAUAAUAAGUAUCUAAGUCCUAUAAUCCCAAUUUUAAUUUUAUAAUACUACCUUAACUCAUAUACAAAAUUUCACUGCCCCUUUAUCCACACGUAAUAUGAAUAUUGAGAAAAACGUGAAUGGUGACUGUCCCCCGUCUUCAUCACCAGACCCCCUAUGCAGUCACAAUCCAUAUGGUUGGAAAGUUCUCAUCAAUAUAAAAUUUAUAAAGUAAAAACACAAGGUAGCUACUGUGAACCGUCGAGGAGUUCCCUUAACUAUCCUUCGUCUUCGUCACCAGAUCCCUAAUACAGUUACAACCCACCUAGGUGGAAAGUUCUCAUCAAUACAAAUUGAUCAAGUCCAAACACAAGGUAACUACUGUGAACCGUUGAGGAGUUCUCUUAGCUGUCCUUCGUCUUCAUCAUCAGACCCUUAAUACAGUCACAACCCAUCUAGGUGGAAAGUUCUCAUCAAUACAAAUAAAUGAAGCCCAAACAAAAGGUACCUGCUGUAAAUCGUUGACGAGUUCCAUCGUCUGUGUAUCGGCUCCAUCAUCAGACCAACUCCAGACCUUCAUAAAAUUGUAGUGGUUUAAAAUACCUUAUGGAAACACUAACAAACGCACUAGCUGUCCCUAUAAUUUUCGAAAGAUCCCCUCAAUUUCUCCAGGAUGCCAUCAUCAGAUCCUGACAUGAAAAAAAUGGGACCACCCUGGAAUCAAACCCUUCAAAACAAAAAAAGAAUUUUCAAAAUCGGUCCACAAAUGACGGAAUUAUCGCUGGACAUACAUAAAAAAAAAAAAAAAAAAAAAAAAAAAAAAAAAAAAAAAAAAAAAAAACA